AUGUCCACCAUGUCGAACGAGAUCAAACUCCUUAGUGGGAACUCCCACCCCAUGCUGGCCCAGCUGGUCGCCAACCGGCUGGGGAUAGAGAUCGCAAAGACAAUGAGUCUGAAUUACUCGAAUCAGGAGACCAGCGUGACGGUCGGCGAGUCCGUGCGGGACGAGGACGUCUUCAUCAUCCAAUCCACAGCUCCCGGCGAUAUCAAUGACGGUCUGAUGGAGCUCCUGAUCAUGAUACAUGCUUGCCGGACAGCAUCCGCACGGCGCAUCACGGCCGUGAUACCCAACUUUCCCUACGCGCGACAGGACAAAAAGGACAAGAGCCGGGCCCCCAUCAGCGCCAGGCUGAUUGCUAACAUGCUCACCACCGCUGGUUGCAACCAUGUCAUCACCAUGGAUCUACAUGCAUCACAGAUCCAAGGCUUCUUCAACGUCCCAGUCGACAACCUUUACGCUGAGCCCUCCGUCCUGCGCUGGAUUCAGGAGAACCUCUCCGUCAAGGACUGCGUGAUCGUUUCCCCCGACGCCGGCGGCGCCAAGCGCGCAACCUCCCUCGCCGACCGCCUUGACCUCCCCUUCGCCCUGAUUCACAAGGAGCGGCCCCGUCCCAACGAGGUCGGCCGCAUGGUCCUCGUCGGCAACGUCGUCGACAAGGUGUGCAUCCUGGUGGACGACAUGGCUGACACCUGCGGCACGCUCGCAAAAGCCGCUGCCGUGGUCAAGGAGAACGGCGCCCGCGAGGUCGUCGCCAUCGUCACCCACGGCAUCCUGAGCGGGCCCGCCAUUGAUAACAUCAACAAGAGCGCCCUGUCCCAGGUUGUCGUCACCAAUACCGUGCCACUCGGCGACAAGCUCGAGCGCUGCCCGAAGCUCAAGGUCAUGGACGUCAGCGGCACGCUUGCCGAGUCGAUCCGUCGGACGCACAACGGCGAGAGUGUGAGCUAUCUGUUCACGCACGUUUUCUAA